GGGGCUUCAAACCUAAUCGAAAAUCAGUAAAAAAACAAAACUAAUCCAAUAUAUCCGCUACUACUUCCCGCAUUGUCUCCCGACACCAGCGUUUCCAGUCGAUUGUUAACUGCAAUAGCAGCCACAGUUUGGCAGUGAUCUUUCAUGGCGAUGGUGGCAGUAAGUGAGGCCAGGAAACUCCCUCGCCCUGGAAGGGGCGGCGUGGUGUCCCAAGGGAUGUCGGAGGAGGAGGCUCGAGUCCGAGCUAUAGCCGAGAUCGUCAACAGCAUGGUGGACCUUUCCCGUAGGGGCAAGGAUGUGGACCUCAACGCUCUGAAGUCAGCAGCUUGCAGAAAGUAUGGACUCUCACGGGCUCCCAAGCUAGUGGAGAUGAUUGCGGCGUUGCCGGAGACAGAGCGUGAAGCAUUACUCCCGAAACUCCGGGCCAAGCCUGUACGUACGGCUUCCGGUAUUGCUGUAGUGGCCGUCAUGUCAAAGCCCCAUCGGUGCCCUCACAUAGCUACCACUGGAAAUAUUUGUGUUUAUUGCCCCGGCGGGCCAGAUUCGGAUUUUGAGUAUAGUACUCAAUCGUAUACAGGCUAUGAGCCGACCAGUAUGAGAGCAAUUCGAGCUAGGUAUAAUCCCUAUGUCCAGGCUAGAAGCAGGAUCGAUCAACUUAAGAGAUUGGGUCACAAUGUUGACAAGGUAGAAUUCAUCUUAAUGGGAGGUACUUUUAUGUCAUUGCCAGCAGACUAUAGAGACUAUUUUAUCAGGAACCUCCAUGAUGCUUUAUCAGGGCAUACUUCUGCCAAUGUUGAAGAGGCUGUUGCUUACUCAGAGCACAGUUCAGUCAAAUGUAUUGGAAUGACUAUUGAAACGAGGCCAGAUUACUGCCUUGGACCGCAUUUAAGGCAGAUGCUCUAUUAUGGCUGCACACGUUUGGAAAUUGGAGUGCAAAGCACAUAUGAAGACGUUGCUCGAGAUACCAACAGAGGUCACACAGUAGCAGCUGUAGCUGAUUGCUUUUGCCUAGCAAAGGAUGCUGGUUUUAAGGUAGUUGCUCAUAUGAUGCCUGAUCUUCCAAAUGUCGGGGUUGAGAGAGACUUGGAGAGUUUUAAGGAAUUUUUUGAAAGCCCUAUGUUCAGAGCUGAUGGGCUUAAAAUUUAUCCGACGCUAGUUAUUCGUGGUACUGGACUUUAUGAACUCUGGAAAACUGGAAGAUAUAGAAACUACCCCCCUGAACAGCUGGUUGACAUUGUUGCUCGUAUCCUUGCAUUGGUCCCACCAUGGACGCGUGUUUAUAGAGUUCAGCGGGACAUUCCUAUGCCUUUAGUUACUUCGGGAGUUGAGAAGGGGAAUCUUCGUGAGUUGGCCUUAGCUCGGAUGGAUGAUCUUGGCUUGAAGUGCCGAGAUGUUAGGACACGUGAAGCUGGAAUCCAGGACAUUCACAAUAAAAUAAAACCUGAGGAAGUGGAACUUAAUCGCCGUGACUAUACAGCAAACGAGGGCUGGGAAACAUUUAUCUCAUAUGAAGAUACACGACAGGAUAUACUUGUAGGUUUACUUCGUCUGAGGAAAUGUGGAAAGAAUGUGACAUGUCCAGAAUUAACAGGGAGGUGUUCUAUAGUACGGGAGCUCCACGUAUAUGGGACUGCGGUUCCUGUUCAUGGGCGUGAUGCAGACAAGUUACAGCACCAGGGGUACGGAACCUUGCUCAUGGAAGAGGCUGAGCGCAUAGCUCGUAAGGAGCAUAGAUCUAAAAAGAUUGCUGUCAUUUCAGGCGUGGGGACCCGGCAUUACUACAGGAAGCUGGGAUAUGAGUUAGAAGGUCCUUACAUGGUUAAGUGCCUUUAAUGAGAGAUUCACUCAGGAAGGAGAUUUGAUUUGUAUGUAGGUAAUGUAGCUUGCGGUUUCUGUUUGCUUCUACCCAUACCCACUCGUCAAGCUGGCAUAGAUAUCACUUCGUAGUUUGUACAUUGUGAAGCAAAAUAGUUCGUCUUACACUAAUCACUCUCACAAGAAUCUAUAUAUUGGGGUGUUUGGCACUUUGGCAAUCCGUUGUUGGCGGUUGGCGGUUGGCUGAUUGCUGGUUGGUGUUGGCUAUUGGCGAAAUCUGUUGGCUGUUUCGAUUAGCAGAUAGUAUUAGCGGUAUAUAAAAUGAUGUUUGGUUAAAUAGCUGUUUAUAAUCAACUCAUAAUUUGUUAAAAGACUUUUAAGUUUUAAGGACAUCAAAUAAUUUUUUUAUUUACUAA